GAAUUGACUAUGUAUAAGCACGAAUAGUUGAUAACCUUAAAGCUCUGAUAAAGCCGAGUUUAACAACAUCGCAAUAUUACCAGUUUGUAACCGUCUCGGUAUAGACAGAAAAAUGCCCAUGCUACCAUAUUUAUUGCUCAUUUUAUCAUUCUUCCAAUUUUCUGCAUCCAACACCCAGCAAGAUUGCUCAAAAGAAACUGGAAUUGCUUACGAAACCUUGCAAAAGGAAUUUUACGACUUUCAAACGUCGUACAACAACGACGUUGUGGGAAAGUUUUUCGCUUGCUUUUGGAAGAAAAAUGGCGUAAUGAACGCCGAGGGAAUUGUCAACAAAGACGCGUUCAUCGAUUACUUCACAGAAUUUGCGCACAUUAACAGAAAUAACACGGCCGAAUUCGUCGAUAAUGAUAUGGUUGAUUUCGAUUUUGAACAAAAUGAACAAGUAGACGCUAUUCGUGUGGUUAACUGCGUUAAAAUAGGAUUCUUUGCUCUUACUUUUGCCGAUCGAGAACCUAAGGACCUUUUGAAAAUGAUGAUGACCUAAACACCUUGUGAUACUUCAUUGCAUUGUGGGGUACAAAAUUCCCCUGAUUUAGCUGAAGCUACCACUCAUUUAAACAUUGUAAACUUAAAAUUCACUAUAAGAAUUUAUUUUUAUUUAUUUAAAAAAUAAUAAAUACAUUAAUA